AUGAAUGCGCAAGUGUCCGCACUACAAGUGGGGGAUUGGAUAGAUGUUGUAGAUGAUGAUGGGAUUUGGAAUGUAGCGCAAGUAUUACACCUACCGACUCUAGAAACAGUUGAAGUUACUUAUGACUGCUGGGGAGAUGAGUAUAAUGAGGUUCUACGACGAGAUAGCGAUCGUAUUGCUCCUUAUCAUACGCACACGUGGGCUGUAAAGUGUUGGGUCAAGCUAGCAACAUGGCCCUGGUGGCCAGCAUUGACCACAGUGCGCGCUCCAGGCUCUGCAUUGGGUAUAUAUAACCUAAAACUUGAGGAAAGGCUCCUGGUUGAUUUCUUAGAUCGACCAGAGUUUACAGAACGCUCAAGAUGCUGGGUGAAAAAAAGUAGUAUUUUGGCUUUUCAGUCGAAUAAAACAAAGAUUCUACGUCAUUCAAAGUCAAAAACGAAACGAAAAAAAGGAAUGACGACUGAAGCACGGUCUAAGAGUUUGGCGUGUGCAAUGACUUUAUUGGCCAAGUGUGACGCAGGAGAAGACUUUCCAGAGUUUGUCGAGGGGACUUUGCCUGUAAAGUUUGAACACCACUUUACGAUGCCAACGGAAGAAUUGAGGAAAGAAUUGGGGGAAGAAAUUUGGAUGCGCAGUUUUGCUAAUAACAGGGUUCACCAUGCAGCAACGCAUGCAUAUACACUAUCAAUCACAGAAGACAGUGAAUCUAACAACGAGUAUAACGUUGGGCUUUUGAACUCCAUCGAUAAGACUGAUGUAGAUGCAACAAGAGCACGCGAUAUAUCACCGAAUGAAGGAGUGCACAGUUUCUUGUUAAAUGCAGGAACGGUACCCAAGAAUCCGAAAAAGAGAGUAGAAGAUAACACGUUGGAAAGCAUCAUUUUUGCCAGAACUGAAACGGCCACAUCACCUGGUAAACAAUCACAAGUAAACUGCACGAAUGCGCCUCACUAUCUGGACUUUGUCGAUACGGCAAAACUCCAAAGAAACUCAGCAAAACGAUUAGAUCGACAUCAAAGUUGCCGCCAUACAUCCCCCCACUACGCUCGCGUUAUUGCUAGAUCGAAGCCACGGGACAAAGAGCACACCGUGCCUCCCUCUCAUUCCUGUGAUGCUCCUCAACCGCGACUACGUGUGCAGAAAGGUGUAUUGAGUAAAGUGUUGCCUGCUUCUGAUCACGAUGGGCAGCAGCCAGAUGCGGCUAUGAGAAGCGUAUUGUCGUGUGAUUCGGAAUAUGGCGACGAAAUUACAAGACCAAUGAAGAGUCUUGCUCGAUUGACCAUAGCUACUUUGCAAGCUGAUGAGAAGUUGCGUAAAGUUGAAGCUGCGCUGGAGAGGAAGCUAAAUGAGCUCGCUGAUAAGGCUGUAAAAGCUGAAGAGCUUCGAACAAAAUGCGCUGCCUUGCCAAAAUUGAGAGGUGAUAGUCAGGUGUCCUCACUCAUGCCUUGUUCCGUUGGCAAAACCCAAGGUGUUGUCCGCGAGAAUUUGCCACUUGGAAGUAGCCGUCAUGAUAGUAUAGAUGUUGCAGAAGUGCCGACGUUCGCAAAAAGAUUAUCACAGUCUAAGAUUGCUGCCCGAGGGCUGGAGCUGGCGCUGGAUGAUGUAGUCUCAAGGAAGCAGGGCCAGAACCUUAGUGCUGCUACCACUCCUGCAGAACUGAAUGCGAUCAAAGCCGAAUUGCUGCGCUCUCCACAAGUGCAAGCUGCCAUUAACAGAAUGGAACGUCCUAGCUAUGGAUGGAUGGCCCCUACAGGCGUUUCUUACCGUGAAAGAUCAUUGCUACUAAAUGGCAGCUCUGGCUGCUCAUUGAAGGAAGUGAAGUCCCGAUACUUAAAGUAUCUUUCAGUGGCAGAGCAAUCGGUGCUACGAUCAUCACAGCGGUCAUUAAGUCUACCAACUGGUCGUUCGUGGGGAUACGACCGCGGGUUUGAAGCAUAUUCUGAACAAUUGCAGGGUUUGUCUACAUGUAGUGUAUUGUCGGGCCCCCCACCAGCAGGUCAGAGUAUAUUUGACUUCAGUGUAAACGACAAUUUUUCGAUCAACCAGUGGUAUCAAGACUUGUACCCGAAGUCGUUUGGGUUUGAACGGCCGUUGUGA